UUGAUAUAUAUAAGUUUUAUUAAAUUCACUUUCCGACCCAAACUUUCCAGGUUAAUCAAUGUGUUUGAUCCUGCCUCCCUUGGGACAUCGCCUCGCAAUUAUAUUCUUCCAUCUGUGCCGGCACCUUCAUCAUCCGACGAUCAGUUAGGGAGCGUGGGUGCCUUUGGACUGCCCGCCUCCUGCCUCACGCCGGAAAUACUUGACAAACCGGCCAGAUUAGCACCAGCCUUGGCGCCAACGGUUAUUGUAUCUAUGGCGUCUGAAGAGCCUAUGGCGCCUGGUGGUGGGGUUCAGAUAUGCAUGAUUUGCGGUGAUCAUUCGACAGGUCGGCAUUAUGGUGUUGUAUCUUGUGAGGGCUGUAAAGGUUUUUUCAAGCGCACUGUGCGUCGCCAGCUUGUCUAUGUUUGUCGAGAGGUAGGCAACUGCCUUAUCGACAAGAAGAAGAGGACGCGCUGUCAGCACUGCCGCUUCCAGAAGUGUCUCAAAGCGGGCAUGCUCAGGGAAGGCAAGUCAUCCUAA